UGUAACAGUUCAACCGUAUUUUAUUUAUAAUCUUUUUGUUUAUCAUCUUCCUGUAGUCAAUAGCGUAAAGCACAGCAACUUCGCCAUUUCAGCAGAUUUCUCACAUUUAAAAAUCACUACCAGAUUACUUCUAGAAUAUUCAUCAAUAUUCACCGAUUGAUUCUUGUUUUCAUCUCACAGUUGUUAAAUCUCCGGCGGUUCAGUAGUGAUCAAAAACCAGACCUAAUUCCACAAAAUCUGUUCAUUAAUUCGCGUAAUUCUCAUACAGUUGUUAAAUGUCCGGCAGUUCAGUAACUGGAGGACCGAUCCCGGGUCGCCGGACUACAGUCCGCGUUGUGGUGGCCGGUGACCGCGGCACUGGUAAAUCGAGCCUAAUUGCGGCAGCUGCAUCGGAGAGGUUUCCGGAGAGUGUUUCUCCGGUGCUUCCUCCGACUCGUCUUCCUGCGGAUUAUUAUCCGGAUGCGGUUCCUGUUACGAUUAUCGAUACGGCGUCUAGUUUGGAAGGUAAAGCUAAGUUAGAGGAAGAAUUGAAGCGAGCGGAUGCGGUUGUGUUGACUUAUGCUUGUGAUAAACCGGAGACGCUUAGUCGUCUUCAGACGUUCUGGAUUCCGGAAGUUCGUCGCCUGAAGGUGAAGGCACCGGUUAUUGUGGUUGGUUGCAAGCUAGAUUUGCGUGAUGAACACUACCCGGUGAGUCUAGAGCAGGUGAUGGCUCCAAUAAUGCAACAGUUUAGGGAGAUUGAAACUUGCAUAGAGUGUUCUGCAGCUAACCUUGUGCAGGUUCCUGAGGUGUUUUAUUAUGCACAAAAAGCAGUGCUUCAUCCAACGGCCCCCUUGUUUGAUCAGGAAUCUCAAACUCUGAGACCCCGAUGUAUAAGAGCACUAAAAAGGAUAUUUAUUCUUUGUGAUCAAGAUAUGGAUGGUGCCCUAAAUGAUAGCGAGUUAAAUGAAUUUCAGGUUAAGUGUUUCAAUGCUCCUCUACAACCUGCUGAAAUAGUGGGUGUUAAGAGAGUUGUGCAGGAGAAGGUUCCAGAAGGGGUCAAUGACCUCGGGCUUACCCUAACAGGAUUCCUUUUUCUUCAUGCCCUUUUUAUUGAAAAAGGUCGCCUUGAGACAACAUGGGCCGUCUUGCGUAAAUUUGGAUACAAUAAUGACAUUGAACUCCGUAAGGAGAAUCUUCCAGUUCCAUCUAAAAGGGCACCUGACCAGAGUGUUGAGUUGACUAAUGAAGCUCUGGACUUCCUUAUGGGGAUCUUCAGUUUGUUCGAUUCUAACAAUGAUGGAGCUCUACAAGAUUCUGAGCUUAAUGAGCUGUUUUCAACUGCACCCGAAAGUCCUUGGGAUGAAGCUCCGUACAAGAAUAGCGUGGAGAGAACCGAAUCAGGGGAUAUAAGACUUUCUGCGUUUCUCUCUCAGUGGGCGUUAAUGACAUUACUCGAUCCAGCAAAAAGUUUGGCCUAUCUGAUUUACCUGGGAUAUACUAACGAUCCUGCAACAGCACUCCGUGUUACUAGGAAAAGAACCGUAGAUGUUAAAAAACAACAAUCAGACAGACACGUUUUCCAAUGCUUUGUGUUUGGACCCAAAAAUGCUGGCAAGUCUUCCCUUUUAAGUUCGUUUGUUGGAAGGCCUUUUCAAAACUCACAUGGUUCAAGCAGCUAUCAAUCUUAUACAGUCAAUGCCGUUGAUCAGCUUCGGGGAACUAAGAAGACUCUUAUAUUGCAUGAAAUCCUAGAAGAUGAUGUCAAACAGUUUCUAUCUAGUAAGGAGUCCUUGGCUGCCUGUGAUGUUGCAGUUUUUGUUUAUGACAGUUCGGAUGAAUAUUCCUUAAAAAGAGCAUCAGAAUUUCUCAUGGAUGUAGCUAGGCGAGGUGAAGACACUGGUUAUGGUGUGCCAUGUCUCUUUGUUGCCGCUAAGGAUGACUUGGGUUCUUACCCAAUGGCAACCAGAGAUUCAGAAGCGAUCUGUCGGGAACUGAAAAUAGAUGCACCCAUUCGUAUCAGCGUAAAGAAAAGGGAGAUGAAUAAUAUCUUUUGGAGAAUUGUAAAUGCAGCUGAACGUUGUCAUUUGAGUGUCCCUGAAACCGAAUAUGGAAGAAACAUGAAGCAGUAUCGUCGCAUUGUUAAUCGCUCCCUCGUGUUUGCUUCUGUUGGUGCGGCUGCAGCUGUAGUUGCAUUGGCGGCAUACCGAGCCUAUGCUUCAAGGAAGAGUCACUCUGCCAGUUAAAUUAAGCAUCAGCUGCCCUAUUAUAAGAUCCGAAAUAAGCUGGUUGCUUGCUUGAUAUUUUCCCCGCCCUUUUUAAACUACAUUUGUACAAAGAAUAGUUUCAAAUCUCCAAGUAUAAUUAUCUUUGCAUCCUUUUGUCAUUGGGACUCGGGUUUGCUCAUAUAUAUUAAUUUCCCAUCGGUCUUGACAAAACGGCCCGUAAUUCUUUCUUGUUACAUCUGGCCAUACACAUUUUAUUAGACAUCUUGGUUGCGGGUUAAAAAUUUGACCCAUUUGGAGAUGUUAAAAAUAAACAAUGAGGUGAAAUUGUUGGUGACCACAGUGAAGAUGACACCUGGGGUUUGUACUUUUGCAGCAAUGUGUGAAGGAAAAGGGUAAAAGUGAAGAUACUGUUGUCCAGAUUUUGAGGUGAUAAGAGAGAAGUCAGUGUGGAGGUGAUGGUGGUAUAUGUAUCUAUCUUUGAUUGGUUCAUAUUAUGGUUGUUGACCCCAAAAAGAUUCAAUUUAUAUUUCUCAAAAUUUAACAGUG